AUCCAUUCUCUCGAUUUGGCGCACUGUAUCAUCGCUCCGCCGCCUCGCUACCGAUCACACUCCGACCCUGCUCUGCUCGCCGACCACAACAACCUACAACGCUUUUCUUUCGACCAUCAUCAUUCGGGAUCCAUUUCGGACUGUAAAUUACCUCCAACGCCGGCUCCCCGUACGCUUUCUUCUCGAUCUAUCUCGACUCGAACUACGACUACAUCUUCACUGAGGUCGAACACUUCUCGAACUCCUUCUCGAACUCCAACCUCGAGAACAACCGACUCCUCCAUGCCUCUCACGCCCUCUUCUCCGGGCUCUUCUUCUCGCUUCCGACACUCGUACCAUGACCACGAUCCUGAUCUCUAUCAUGAGCAAUUUCAUGACCUUCCUCGGGAUCUUCUUCUCCACCGAGACUAUAUGCAAAUUCAACACGAUCUGUUACAACAACAAUCGCGCUCGCAACAACAAAUCAACCUGCUCGCCGAGCAUGCCACCCCGAGUGAGAUUUUCCAACAAGUAACUUUUUCGAGUGAAAACCUCACUGGAGUUGGCCGGCGUCAAACGCUGGAAUCGCGCGAGUCUCAGCCUGACAAUCUGAAUGACCAAGAGUCACUUCCACCGCCCCCUCCUCCGCCGCCCCCUCCUCCUCCUCCACCCGUGUCAUUACACGGCGAUCUCUUUUUCGAUCCCCGCGCUCGUUCGGCAACACUGCCAGCUAAUCUGCCGUCUGAGUACUCCAAUUUAUCCAACUACUCGAACCUGGCGGCGCUUAGCGUCGCCACCCACCCGCACUUCUUGCCCGCGGCCCCCGACUUGCGAGCGGCGACCCUGCCCGCGUCUCUGUCUCCCCGACACGCGUUGCCUCGACAAACGUCGCCCCGACAAUCCCUUCCUCGGCCGGGAUCUUCCGCGGCUGUUGCCGACUUCCCACGGCUCCGAGGCGCUCAUUUGAGGAUUUCUGACUCAUCUCUGGAGGUAGGGAGGCAUGCACCUCGUCAUGCCUCGCCUCCCUCGCUGAGAAGCCCUUACUCGUGCGUGCUACUGUCCACUGAGCCCAGCCAUCGGCAAUACUUUGCCUCGCCUCUACCACCGCCACUGCCAUUGGGGGCUCCUUCCUCCUCGCCUUGUCCUUUGGACUGUGCCUGUAAUCCUUCUUCAGGAAGCGCUUCCUCUCUGAUAGGACACUGCCCCGUGCACGGCAGAGUGUAUUCCCGAGGACGUGUCCAACCUCAUCCCUCGCGAGGGAGUCAAGGGUAUCCUGACAGCGAUGCGGACCUGCCCUCACGGCCUGACGAGACCGGCGACGAGAGCGUCGAUCUCUGGAGAUCCAAAGACGACAACACGUCUGAAGACAUCAAGGAGGAAAGCGUCAAGGAGUUGCUUAUGAGUUUACAGAAGCAAGUGUCGAUAAUGAGCCUGAACUUGACAUCUAAAAUUGACGACAUUCAGUGUCAUCAGCAUGCUGACACCAGCGCUGCUCUGCACGCUAUAAGAAACCAGCUUCAGGACUUGACAGCGAGCGUCGAGAACUGCCAGAGUGAAGUGGUGGAAGUGAAGCGUGACAUGGUCGCUAUAAAGCAUGAGAUCGACACGCUGCAAGCAGCUAAACACGAGAUCGAGGAGCUGAGAGAUGCCGUCGACAGACUGGAGGAGACCCAGCGACGGAGAAAGGUCCGUCUCUUGGAGCAGGUGAGCUGUCCUUACAGGAGGCUUGGUUGCACUCACAUUGUUCCUUAGCAAAUAAUUAAGUUAUAACUUGGUAUUUUAUAGGAAAACAUUCAAGCAUUGCGUAAGCAUCUUGGUUUACAGGAAUGUAAUGCCGUGCAUCUGCUUCAUGCCUUGAUUGAAAAGCUUUAAUUUGGCCUUUAGUACGGAUAUAUC